ACAGUUGUUCUGCUAAGGUUGUGACCAGCCAAGUGCAUUUCUUUGGUUUAAUUGCAGAUGUCAACGGUCAACUCAGACUCGUCAAAGGGACCAACAGCUGUUCUGGGAGAGUGGAGGUGUUCUACCAGGGCCAGUGGGGAACCGUCUGUGAUGACGGAUGGGAUUUGGCCGACGCCGGAUGUGGCAAUGCCAUCUCAGCACCAGGAAAUGCCCACUUUGAAAGAGGCAGCAAAAAGAUGUGGAUGGAUGAUGUUGCUUCCCCAGUGAUUGAUUGAGUCCUUAAUGCUGGGAAAGCAUAACUGUGGUUCACAUGAAGAUGCUGGGGUCGUCUGUUCAGAUAUGACCUUCAGUCAAGGCUCCUGCCAACAGGGAUGGGUGAGCUACUCCGGCCGAUGCUACCAAUUCUUUACAGAGAAGAAGAUCUGGAUUGAUGCGGAGAUGGCCGAACUGCUGCAUCACAGCAAUGCCACCAAGCCCCCCAUCGGCUUCAUCCUGAUUCAGUUGUGUUCAAUUAGACGGACAGAAAGUGACCUGCUAAACAUGGAGACGCGUCGGCCUUCACGUGACGCCACACUCCACUUGCUAUGUUUCAGAAGAUGUUUUUAUUGUUAA